AUGGAAUUACUUCUUUCUCUUCAAUAUUUUCUUCCUCUCCAACUUUAUAAAUUCUUCUUCAUCUUCUAUUUUGUCUUUUCUAUUUCCUUCAUUCUUCAUCAUAUUUAUUUCUUUUUCUUCAUUUUUUUUAAUAAUAUUUAUGCUAUAUUUCUUAGUUUUUACUUUUCAUUUCAUAAUGAUUUUUGCCUUAUUUUUUCGAUUUUUUCUCUCCUGUUUUUUCUUCAUUUCCAAUGUUUCAGCUCUUUUCUCUUUCCUUUGAUCCUUUUUUCAUUCUGUUUAUCGCUUUUCUUUUUUCGUAUCCUUCUUUUUUCAAUUUUUUCCUUCAUUUUCUUCAGUAACUUUUUUCUCUGUUCUAUGUUUUUCUUUUCUCGUGUUCCUUUCUUUAUGCAUUUUUCUUACAUUUUUGCUGUCUUUUUCAUUACUAUCUUUUUUCUUUUCUACUCAUUUUCUCUUUCCUUUCUCUUCAUUCUCUUUUCUUUCUUCCUUAUUCUCUUAUUUUUUUCUCAUCAUUCUCUGUCUAACUUUUCUCCUCACUCUCUUUUUCCUUACUCUCACUUUUUCUUUCCUCCAUUCUCUUUUUCAUCAAUGUCUCCUUUUCCUUUCAGCUCACUCUCUCAUUUUUUAUUUUUUCUCAUUCUCACUUUUUUCUUCCUUUUCACUGACUCAUUUUCCUUCCUUAUUAUCUUUUCCCUUUUUCUUCACUAUCGCAUUUUCCUUCCUUCACAUCCUCCAUUUCUCUUCUCACUCUCUUUUUUAUUUUUCCACAUUCUCACUUUUUCCUCACUACCCCUUUUUCCUUUUACCUCACUCUCACAUUUUCCUUUUGUCUCACUUGCUCUUUUCCUUUUCCUCACCCUCUCUUUAUCUUUUUUCCUCACUCACUCACUCCCUUUAAAAUCUCUCACCAUUCUUCUUCUCUUCACAUUUUUGCUCUUUAUUAUCCUUUCACCUUUCAUCCACAUUUUUAAAGAUUUCCUUUUAUUCUUUCUCAUCAAUCUUUUUCUUCUUACACCUUUUACAUUUUGCUCUAUUCUCCACCUUUUUAUCCCCAUCUGUAAUAUUUCUUUCACAUCACUAUGA